AUUUUUUUGUCAUUCACCGGGUUAUACCGGUGUAGAGCCCAGAUGAACACGGAAUGCCCGGUGUUUGUGCCGGGAGUUAUUUAAACAAAGGAGCGGCAAAACGAAGGAAGCGAUUCCCCGUGAAGCCUGCCAGGUACCGUACCGUUGUGACAGACUGGGAGGGGAGGGAGGGAGAUUGGUUGCAGACUGGGCGCCGACACUUUGAUUACGGAUUUGAUAUUAAACCCACACAAAGAGCGGAUCGGAGAAAAGAGACAGACCCUGGCGCGGGAAAGGAACAAGGAACCAACCGCCGAGCCCAUUGGCUGCAACCGGCUGAAACACGACAAGGCGUUGGGCCAGACAAGUUGUCCAUCCCUGCUGAUGUUGAGAAGGAUCAUAUAAAUCAUAAAUCAUCGUGA